AUUCCUUACAAUUUCAAAACUAAAGGCCUACAAGAAACAUUCACCUUUUCUUGUUAUCGUGUUAAUGGUUUAAUUAUUCUUAAGUUUUUUUAAAGCGCUUAGAACGUGCAUUUUUUAAUAUUUUUCUCAAGAAGAAGACUGACUUUCACUCUCUCUUGUGAAUCAUCAUUUUAUCACCAAUUUUUAUUUUGGCUUCGUCUUCAAAUUCCUCCUCCAUAUGCUAGUUAAAGAAUAAGACUUCCUUUCAACACAAUCGUCGAACGCUCCCAACUUCUUUUCCUCAUUUUCAUAAUCUUCGUCUAGCUUAUUUUUGUAGGGUACACCGUAAGCAUCGGAGAUGGAUUUUGUGCAGAGAAAAGUGAACAACUUAGGAGGAAAAGUUGCUACUUUCCCUUAUGUUGAAACUAUUGGAAGAGCUCUCUUUGCGUCAUCCUUCUUCUUCUCUGCUUGGCAUGAUUACAUGGAGCUCAGAUCCAAUUGGGAAGGAACAGAGGAUUACUGGACACCGAAGUUAGGCUAUUCAGGAGAUCAAAUUAAGCAUCUUAUGGCAGUUAGUAUCAUAGUGAAGACUCUUGGUGGAAUUAUCUUCAUCUAUGGCAGCUUCUUUGGAGCUUUCCUCUUGCUUUUACAACAAGGCAUUGCAACAAUGAUACAUCAUGAUUUCUACAACCAUCGCAUCGACGUUGAAGAAUUGGGACUGUUUUACCUCAAGUUCAAAAGGGUCCUAAACGAAACUAUGUCGUAUGAUGCGGCACACAAUUUAUACAAGUCAAACUUUGACGAGCAGCAAAUUGAGCAAGCCGUAUCGAAAUUCCGUGAGCUUGCGGAUCACGCCGUUACAAACCCUGCCUUGUUCGGAGGUAACGAGUUUUUUCGUCGCCUCUUAAGCUUCAUCAAGGCGUUGGCCAUAGUAGGAGCAUUGCUCUUUUUCGUGACAAUGAAGCACAAACCCAGCAAAGCCAAAAAGGAAUCCAAAGUUAAAACUGACUAGAAUUAUGCCAAUUUCUAUAUGUGAUUCACUUUGAUUUGCAGAUUUCAUGUGAUUCACUUUGUCUUUAUGCGUUGAUUUAAAUAUCGAGUCAUCUUUUGGUCAAAGGAACAAAAAUUACCUCUCUCUCUCUUUCAGUAUUUAUUCCAGUUUGUUUUAUUUCAGUCCUGACUAACGAUUCUGUAAUAAUCUAUGUAGAAGCAGGUGUGAUUAUCUU